GUAGCGCAGGAGGACUGGAUCGCCCUGGACCAGGAGACGAGCCAGAAGCUCCUCGAAGAGUACUACAGUGGGCAUACUGAGGCCACUUACUCGAGCUUCAACAACAACUACCAUGUGGAUUUCUAUGGCCAGAUGCAGACGGACCAACAAACUGGAAGGCAAUGCCGCAUCUGCUGGUUCGAAGCUGCGGAGGUUCCGAAGUCACAGACGGCCGGCCAGGAG